CCUAUUGGUUAGUUGAAACCAGGAAGCAGCAUGGCGGUCUCGCCUGAGCAGCAAAUAUCGGCCACGCAUUUUGUUAGAGAGAUUGAGAAAAAUGACGGCUCUGUUCUAAAAGUAUAUCAGUGCAGCACAGGCGAUGUAGGUUGCGUGGUUUGGGAUGCGGCUAUUGUUUUAUCUAAAUACCUCGAAACGGAACAGUUUUGUAAUUCCCGCUCUGGUGUCAGUACAUGGUCCUCUAAGCAAGUAAUGGAGCUUGGAGCGGGGACUGGAGUGGUGGGGAUCAUGGCCGCCUCCCUGGGAGCCAAUGUCACAGUGACAGACCUGGAGGAUCUCCAACCUCUCCUUCAACUAAACAUCCAGGAAAACAGAGAGCUUGUCAGAACAGGCUCGAUCACAGCCAAGGUACUGAAAUGGGGUGAAAAUGUGACAGACUUUUUGCCACAUCCAGAUUACAUUCUAAUGGCUGACUGCAUCUAUUAUGAACAGUCGGUGGUGCCGCUGGCGGAGACGCUGAAACUGCUGUCUGGACCUGACACCUGCAUCAUCUGCUGUUAUGAGCAGCGCACGAUGGGAGUUAAUCCUGAAGUGGAGAAGAGAUUUUUUGAGUUGCUGCUGCAAGACUUUGAGGCUGAGGAGGUGCCAGCUGAAAGACAAGACCCUGAGUUUAAUAGUCCCGACAUCCACAUUCUUCAUCUACGGCGCAGAAACGGCUGAACGGCUUUCAACCUGUGUUUUCGUACCAUUUAAACCGUUGUGUGUCCAGACUUACUAACUGUUAUUUUGUUCAACAUCACUGCUGUGUGUUAUUACUUAAAAACACACCAAAAGAAUAUUUCCCUAAUAACCAUGGCAUAUAAGCCAGUCUACAUAUAAAUCUGGAAGGAUUCACAGUUUAUGCAUUUUAAACUCUUUGAUAUUAAAAGAAAUCCUGAUAUCCAAACACCAGCUGUUUUGACUUGACUUUCUUGUGUAAGCUAGUUGGGGAAAAACUGUUUUGUGUAUAUUGAUGUGAAAUUAAAUACAUCACUGUAUGUUUGACUUGGCUAACGUUAGGCAAGUAUGUAGUUAACAUUACUUAACUAUGGUUAUUGGUAAAAGUUUGAGCAAAAAUUUAGGCAUACAAUAAGAUGUCGGAUCCAACACUUAACAAAUACUGUUAAAUAAGGUGUCAGAUCCAACACUUAACAAAUAAUGUUAAUAGUAAUGAUGAUUUUAUCAUGUGUAUGAUAUUGAGGGGUAGUCGGUGUGUAAAUCCUACGUUUAUGAUACAUCUGCAUUUUUAGGGCAGCUGGUUUAAAAACUUCAUCUGGUUAAGAAUAAACAGUAAAUGUGAUACCUUCUAAAAAUGGUCUUUAAGCUUGUUUGAUCAUAAUGGUUUGUAAAUAAAACAUAUUUUCAGGCACUGUGGCUUUAUGCCAUUCUUUGAGUCUCUGUCUUCAGACCCUGUCUCCUGACUCUGUUUAGACAGAUGGUACAUUUUUUUCCCUCAUCACUGUAUCCAAUCCAGUCUUUUUCCUUGAAGUCAUUAAAAUAUUUUCCAUCCUUCUUUGCUCUUGUUUCUUCUAACCACUGUAGAAAAUAGCUGUGCUU